GCCGGAGCCCCGCGCCGCCGCCGGCAGAAACCCCACCCCCGUCUCGACCGAAGCUCGAAAGCGCAGGAGCUCUCCUUCCUCGUCGGCGUCCUCAUCUACCUUACUAGCCCGGAGCGGAGAUCCAUCCGGGUGCGCGAGUCCUUCUGCUCUGGUGUAAGGAAGCCCUAGCUUUGCUGUUCGUUUUGAUUCCUUCUAGGCUCCAAGAUUUUGCGCCAGGGAAACCUAGGUAGAUAUACAGCAGCAGGUGACAAGAAAUGGCAGCGUUCCUCAGGUCAAAGUGUUCGUCAGUUGGCCGUACUUUGAUGGGAAGCCUUGGAAACAAUCUGUAUGGGGGUGUUAACAGCUCUAUUGAAGCAGUGACUAGACCAUCUCGUUCUGAUGCUGUCUGCCAGCAAAUCAGAACAUUCAUCCAGAUGAGAACAAACCUCAAGGUGGUAGACAAUUCUGGAGCCAAGCGGGUUAUGUGCAUACAGUCCCUUAGGGGGAAGAAAGGAGCAAGGCUUGGGGACAUGAUCAUCGGUUCUGUCAAGGAAGCGCAACCUCGCGGUAAGGUCAAGAAAGGAGAUGUGGUAUAUGGAGUGGUUGUCCGUGCUGCCAUGAAAAAGGGGCGCAGCGAUGGCAGCGAGGUCCAGUUCGACGACAAUGCAAUUGUCAUUGUGAACAACAAGGGGGAACUGAUUGGCACACGCGUCUUUGGUCCUGUUCCGCAUGAGCUCAGGAAGAAGAAGCAUCUCAAGAUCCUUGCAUUGGCUGAGCACAUAGUUUGACGAAUCUAUCUGCUUAGUUAUAUCUAUCUCCAUGUUAGUUCUGCAGAAUGAAAUGGAAAUCUCCAAGAUUGUCCAUGUGUUGUUUUGGUAGUCUCUUGCUGUUAGUGUAUUUUACCUUUCUUUGGUUAUUUCUGUUUGCAAUAAUCUGUACUCUAAAAGGAGAAUCUGCACCGAGUGAAUCACCUACAAACUAGACGAGGACUUGCACCGUGUGUCCACAUUAUAAUCACCUGCAAACUAGACGAGGACUUGCACGUCUUUGUUUGCAAUAA